GCCAGAAGAGCUGUUUGUAAAUAACCGUCUGGGAAGACACUUUUUGGACGUCAGCUGUCGAGAGAAAACACCUGUCGAAUUGGUACAGUAAACUAUUUUGGAAGUUUCUUCUUUUUUUGCUCUCUUUUGCCUGAUGUAAUAUAACGGAGAGAACUUGCGGACUUUAGUCAGCUUCAGUACGUCCCAACGUAAUCUCUGUUCACAUGUCAACAAAAAUGGAGCAACCGUUUUAUGACGACUCGUUUCUUUCUGCUUAUGGUCAUCCAGACGCUGCCCUGCACGACUACAAGCUCCUAAAGCAGAACAUGAGCGUGAGCUUCGCCGAACCCUACCGGAACCUCAAGACCCUCCGCUCCGAAAGCGACUUCUACACGGCGGCGACCGGAGACGUGGGCUCGCUGAAACUCGCCUCUCCGGAGCUAGAGAGACUCAUCAUCCAGAACGGUAACGGCGUCAUCACAUCACCCACGCCGGGGCAGUAUUUGUACGGUCGGAGCAUCACAGAGGAGCAAGAGGGCUUCGCGGACGGAUUCGUCAAAGCGCUGGACGAGCUCCACAAAAUGAACCAAAUGCCCCCGCCGAACGUGUCCAUCGGAGCCCCCGGGGUGUCGAGUUGUUCGGUGGCGUCGUCAGUCUUCGGCGCCUCCUUACCGCCCGAGACUCCGGUGUACACCACCCUGAACAGCUGCAAUCCUAACACUAACCUCACACCUGCAGCCAACUACCCGACAGCCACCAUCAGCUACCUGCCUCACCAUCACCACCACCAGCAGUACCACCACCAUCACCACCAGCCCACGCCGCAUCCUCAUCACUUCCAGCACUCGCUCCAUCCGCAGCGGCUCGUUACUCUGAAAGAGGAGCCACAGACCGUCCCCGACCUGCAGAGCAGCGAUGGUUCUCCUCCCAUGUCGCCCAUCGACAUGGAGGACCAGGAGCGCAUCAAAGCGGAGCGCAAGAGGCUCCGGAACCGACUGGCGGCCACCAAGUGCCGGCGACGGAAGCUGGAGCGCAUCUCCCGGCUGGAGGACAAAGUGAAAGUGCUCAAGUCGGAUAACGCCGGACUGUCCAGCACUGCGUCCCUGCUGAGGGAGCAGGUAGCUCAGCUUAAGCAGAAGGUCAUGACCCAUGUGAGCAGCGGGUGCCAGCUGAUGCUGACGCCGAAGAUCAAGUCGUUUUAGGGGGGAGAGGGAUGCUACGGACUCUGGGAAACACUGGAAGAGCAGAUCCUGUUUGUGAUGAUGUUAUUGUCGCAGCACUGAGUACGAGCGUUGUAUAUUUCUUAAGUGUUUUCUUGUAGAAAACUUUAAUGUUAUUGUUGUUUUCCAAAGAUAAGGUACUUUCAGCCGAACGGACAAUGGACUAAACUUUUGAAGUGAACAGUUUUGGUUUUGUUGUUAAGUGCUGCCCUUUGAAAACAUUCCAGUAAGUUAUUGAUAUUGUGAGUCAGGUUGAGCCAGACCUUUAACUGUUUUUCUGUUUGUUUGUUUUUGUUUAUUUUUUAUAUUUAAGUAAAAAUGUUGAAAAUGA